GCCCGGAAGCGGCGGGGGGCGCGGCCGCCCAGCGCAGCCCAGCGCCGCGGGCCGGGGCCGCUCGCCCGCCGCCAUCGCCGCCAUGGCCUGCGGCGCCUCGGCCGCCGAGUGCCUGCGGGAGUGGGAGGAGCUGCAGGACGGCUACCAGCGCAUCCAGGAUAAUCACAAGCUGUACAAGCAGAAACUUGAGGAGCUAACCAAGCUCCAGGACGGGAUCUCCAGCUCCAUCGCACGACAAAAGAAGCGACUGAAGGAGCUGUCGUUCUCCCUCAAAAAAUGCAAAGCCCACGUGAGUCCCGAACAGGAGGAGUCCAUCCAGGAGACCCAGAGCCUAAUAAAAGAGAGGCAGAAUGUUUUCUUUGAGAUGGAGGCCUAUCUACCAAAGAAGAACGGGUUGUACCUGAGUCUGGUGCUCGGGAACGUGAACGUCACGCUGCUCAGCAAGCAGGCCAAGUUUGCAUAUAAAGAUGAGUACGAGAAGUUCAAGCUCUACCUCACCAUCAUCUUACUCAUAGUCUCUUUCUCCUGUCGCUUCCUCCUCAACUCCAGGGUGACAGAUGCUGUCUUUAACUUCCUCCUGGUGUGGUACUACUGCACCCUCACCAUUCGGGAGAGCAUCUUGAUCAACAACGGAUCCAAAAUCAAAGGCUGGUGGGUUUUCCAUCACUAUGUCUCCACCUUCCUCUCAGGUGUCAUGCUAACGUGGCCAGACGGGCUCAUGUACCAGAUGUUCAGGAACCAGUUUCUUUCCUUCUCCAUGUACCAGAGCUUCGUGCAGUUCCUCCAGUACUACUAUCAGAGUGGGUGCUUGUACCGGCUGCGAGCGCUGGGCGAGAGGCACAACAUGGAUCUGACUGUGGAGGGCUUCCAGUCCUGGAUGUGGAGAGGCCUCACGUUCCUGCUUCCCUUCCUCUUCUUCGGGCAGUUCUGGCAGCUCUACAACGCCGUCACCCUCUUCCGCAUGCUCCAGCACCCCGAGUGCAAGGAGUGGCAGGUCCUCAUGUGCGGCCUCCCCUUCUUCAUCCUUUUCCUGGGGAACUUCUUCACCACCCUCCGUGUGGUCCACCAGAAGUUUCAGAACAAGAACAAAGACACAAAGCGGAAUUGAAGGGGGGCAGCGUGGGGGCCAGGACUGUUUCUCCCCACCAGCUCCAGCUCCCAUCCCCUCGAUGCCGUCCGGACUCUGGUGUCUGACCCCAUCCCUUGGAAGCCUGGGCGUGGGACAGAGCUUGGCACCUGCUCACAAAUGGACCGCGCGUUCACCACGGUGCUGGAUCCGGGAACGUCCUGCCUGCCUUCCUCCUCCAGGAGAGCAGGGUACCCGAGAGAGCUGCUCCCUUCCCUCUGCCCUGAAGACAUUUGCUGGGAUGGUUCCCAGGGAUCAAGCCCAGCUCCUCUGGCUGUGGGCAGGGGCAGUGCAGGGUGCCCAGCGUGGGCAAGGCAGGGUGCAGGACUGCCAGCUGCCUCUUACCCAGCUCCCUGGGGUGGUUGGGGCUCUCCCCCUUCUCACAUCGCCUGCAGCCACUGCCCCGCACCCUCUCUGCUUCCAGAGGCAGCUGGAGGCUGUGCACAGUGCUGGCUCCCAGGCUCUGUGGGACCCCGCUCCUCUACCGUCGCACCGGUGGUGUGGGAGCACCCUGAGCCGGAUCCAGGCUGCACGCCAGAGCUGUGCAAACAGCACGCUGGUCUCGCAUCUCUGGAGGAUGCACGUGUAAAAAUAAAGGGAAGGUGCUGCCUCGGGUUGCCGGGGCGGUCUCUGAA